CUGGUGGGCAGGCAGAGGGUUGCCCAGCGAGGCACUCCGCUAACAAAGCCCUGAGUGGUGCUUGCGUCCGUGGUGAUCCCGCCCUUCCGAGUAGGUCCUGCUGCUCUCCCACUGCCAAGGGUCCCAGUCACUCCCCACACCUCCCUCCUGAGACCAGGAGUCACCUGAUGCCGGACAGCCCCUUUGGGAGCCAAUCUGAGGUCAAGAGAUCAAUGCCUCAGACAGACAAGCAAGUAUGCAUCCCACCGGAGCUGCCGGAACUGCUAAAGCAGUUUACCAAAGUUGCCAUUCGGACCCAGCCUCCGGAUCUCAUCCAGUGGGCCGCCGAAUAUUUUGGGGCCAUGUCCCGUGGAGAGAUUCCUCCAGCAAGAGAGAGGUCUGAGCAAGUCACUUUGUCCAACUGGGCUGAGCUGACCCCCGAGCUGCUGAAGGUCCUGCAUUCUCGGGUUGGUGGCAGACUGAUCAUCCACGCCGACGAGCUGGCCCAGAUGUGGAAAGUGCUGAAUCUCCCAACAGAUCUGUUUAACAGUGUGAUGAAUGUGGGUCGCUUCACGGAGGAGAUUGAAUGGCUGAAGUUUUUAGCUCUUGCUUGUAGCUCCCUUGGAGUCACCAUUGCCAAAACUCUCAAGAUAGUGUGUGAAGUCUUAUCCUGUGACCAUGAUGGAGGACCACCCCGGAUUCCUUUCAGCACCUUCCAGUUUCUCUACACAUAUAUCGCUGAAGUGGAUGGGGAGAUCUCUUCAUCCCAUGUCAGCAGGAUGCUCAACUAUAUUGAACAAGAAGUAAUUGGUCCUGAUGGCUUAAUCAAGGUGAAUGACUUCACUCAAAACCCUAGGGUUCGGCUGGAAUAAGAGCGCAAUUCUGGCAGUGUUAAAGGAAGAUAAAGAGGUGUCAUUCAGCGUAGCUGAACACCAUCCAAAGUCAAUUUUCUUUUACAACUGGCACAACUAAUAAACAAUUAGCCAGGAA